UUUCCACGCAACAUCAUCGAAUAGAUCAAUUAACAUAAUCUCUGUUUCAUAGUACACUGUAUUAAGGCUUAUCUAUUGCUCCUGCACCUGCUUCGGCUUCGGUUAAUGCUAUAUCAUCCGCCCGGGCCUCUUCUCUUCAUUUCGCCCUUCUCAACCUUCUACUCCUUCCUGCUUCCUCUACUUUCCUCUUGGUCUCCCGCUCGACAGGAAUCAACCGGAAACAACACAACAGCGACAGCAACAACAACAACAGCAGCAGCAGAAAGCGCACCGCGAACCAUCUCCAUUCCUCGCCCCUUUCUUCUAAGCACCCGUGAUAUUAUUUGCCUGGUGCUUCCUUUGCUCUCUUUCCUCCCCUUUCCUCCUAAUCCCUGGCUUGGAGGGCGUUUGGGAGUUUGGUCGUUGCAUCCGUUCCUUGCUUCGUUCGUACACAGGUAUCGAUAGUGGAUAUUUGGGGAAUAAUUAUGAAAUCAAGAUAAAAACCGAUGACGCGCUAGAGGGAAGGAAAUUUUGUGUCGUGGUCAUAGGCUUCAGCUCGGCCGGCCCUUGCCAAAAGCCUGUAA